CGCGGCAAGGCCUCGCCGUCGGCUGUGCCGCCGACCGUCGCCGCCUCCACCGACGGCCCCGCCCCGAAGCCGGAUGCCGGCGGUCAGGCGGCCGGUUCGUGCUAAUAGCCUAGUACCGCAGCCGAGACCCAAGACCCCCCACCGCAGAGCACGCGAUGGCCGCCUCCGCCGCCGCGGGGCGCGCGUGGGACCCGACCGUCUCGCUGCGGCUGGGCCACCCGGCGCUGGUCCUCCUCGAGCGGUGCCGGGGCGGGGGCGGGGCGCGGCCUUUCAAGGCCAUCCUCGCGCACCUGCUCCGCCUCGGCCUCGCCUUCGAGACGUUCCCCAUGAGCCGGCUCCUCCACUUCGCCACCGUCACCUCCCCGCAGCACGUGCGCGAGGCCGAGCUCCUCUUCCAGCACUUCACGCCCCGCCCCAACAUCUACAUCUACAACCUCAUGCUCUCGGCGGCGGCGGCGCGCGCCUCCUCUUCCUCCCCGCCGCUCCGGGCGGCGGCUCUUUACAGGUCCAUGCUCGCGUCGUCCCUCCAACCCGACGAGCAUACCUUCCUUGCGCUACUGAGGUCGGUGGAGCGCUUGUCUGCGGGGAGGCAGGUGCACGCCCAAGUCGUUUUGAAUGGCUUUCAUUCCCGCGUCUACCUGCGGAACUCGCUGAUCAAGAUGUACCUGGACGCCGGCGAUGUGGAGAUGGCCGAGCUGAUGUUCCGUUCCGCGCCGGCGUCGGAUACAGUAUCUUGCAACAUCAUGCUGUCUGGGUAUGUAAAGGAAGGGAGCAGCGGGAAGGCACUGCGGCUUGUUCGUAGCAUGGCGUCGAUGGGGAUUGCAGUGGAUCAUUACACGGUUGUCGCUCUGCUCACUUGCUGCGGGCGCCUGAAGAACGCUCUUCUCGGGAGGUCUGUUCAUGGCGUCGUCGUGCGGAGGAUGAGUGCAGGAGAUUGUGGGUUGAUUCUGACGAAUGCUCUUUUGGAUAUGUAUGCCAAAUGUGGGAAAAUGAAUGCAGCCAUGAGAGUCUUUGGUGAAGCUGUUGAGAAGGAUGACAUUUCAUGGAAUACCAUGGUAGCAGGAUUCGCGAAUGCUGGCAUGUUGGACCUUGCUAGCAGAUUUUUCUCGGGGACGCCUUACAGGGAUAUAAUAUCCUGGAAUGCACUUCUGGCUGGAUUUGCUCGAUACAAAGAAUUCGGUGUAGUGAUAAAACUAUUUGAUGAUAUGCUUGCCAGUUGUGUAAAACCCGAUAAUGUGACUGCCGUUACCUUGAUCUCUGCGACUGCAGGUACGGGAUCAUUGAAUCAGGGAAAGAGUAUCCACUGUUGGGCGGUGAAAGAAUUUGGGCAUCAGGAUGUGUUCUUGGCAUCUGCUCUUGUAGACAUGUAUUGCAAAUGUGGAAAUGUCAAGAUAGCUCAUUCUGUGUUUGAGAAGGCGUUGGACAAAGAUGUUACCUUAUGGACAGCUAUGAUAUCUGGCCUUGCAUUUCAUGGCCAUGGAACCAAAGCAUUAGAUCUAUUUUGGAAGAUGCAAGAUGAGGCUAUAGCACCUAAUGGCGUCACAUUGCUUGCUGUUCUCAGUGCGUGCAGUCAUGCUGGUCUGCUUGGUGAAGGAUGCAGGAUUUUUUAUGCUAUGAAGCAAAAAUUCAGUAUUGAACCAGGAAUAGAACAUUUUGGAUGUAUGGUUGAUCUCCUUGCACGGUCAGGUAGGCUGACUGAUGCAGUAGGUUUGGCUAGGAAGAUGCCAAUGAGACCAAGCCGGUCUAUAUGGGGUUCCAUUUUAAGUGCAAGUUUAGCUUGUCAAAAUACUGAAGUUGCAGAGAUUGCUUCAAAAGAACUCCUUCAUCUUGACCCCACUGAAGAAGGUGGAUAUGUUUUACUUUCCAACUUGUAUGCUUCUGGAGGUCACUGGAACUACAGUGACAAAGUGAGGGAGAGUAUGGAAAUGGAAGGAGUGAGAAAAUCAGCAGGUGCAAGUAGUUUUGGCUGUUGAUGCUGUUGCUUCAGAUGUCAGGUGAACAUGCUGUUGUCGCCAUUGGUUAUAACCAACAGUCAGACAUGGUGUCAGUUAGGUUGGUGUUGAUCUCGGCAACCAAGGAUCCUAACCGAAACCGAGAUAAAAGUGGAGCAUGGGCUCACCCACACGCCAUGAUCAGGGGGUGCCAACCGACAAUUGGUUGUGGUCCCGGGUCGAUCAGCGCCAGAUAUAAAGGGGGAAGCCAGGGCCUCACGGGUUAAGCUUUCCUCGUGAGGCCAACAUCAUUCCGUAACACACAUAAACCCUAGACCAAUCCUCAGGGUGUUGGAUCAAUGCGAAGGCCACCACCAUCCUAGCAUCGACACCGCCAUUGCCGACGACUACAUCAUGUUGUCUUCAUCGCCGGUCUGCACUGCGCAUCGACAACACGAACUGAUCCCUGUCGUGGCUCUACAUAAACGGAGCUACAAGCCACUAUGGCAUCGUCUGGCUUGGGUACGUACUCACGCUUCUGCAAUUAAGGGUGUUCAAUGCUUAGGGCUAGUUGCAAUGCAAUCUAGAUGAAGUUCAGUGCCUACAAUUUAGACGUGGAAAAUGAGUGAUCUAGGCAUUUGGUCCAGGCAUCAUGGCUUGCAACUGACAACACAGUGGAUGGUCUUAACAAUGCACUGGGAACAAGGAUGUCGAGUUUGUCUAUUGGGAGUACAGGAACUAUGUCAGAAUCACUCAGAACCCUGGCUGGAGAAGUGGAAAGUACCAAAACACUUGUGCAGUUGUUGCAUCGGCAGACUCAGCACUCAAGAGAUGUGGUUCUCUGCUGUUCUAGAAAAUUACAGCACUUAAAAUGUUCCAGCUGCCAAGGUUAUGAACAAGUACCAUGGGAUAUCAAAGUUCAAAGAUCAGGAGGAGCAAUCUGAUAUUUCCAAACAUAAAUGGAGGAUCCUAGCAGCCAGUCUGUUGACAUGGACUAGCCACGUCGAGUCCUCGAGCUUGGAGCCAGGUGACCUGUGUUACCGGGAUAUGGGUGCGGGAGUCGGAGUCUGACUCGGGUGUGGAUGUCCGACUCGGCAAACUUGAGAAUAUAGGA